AUGAAACUUCUGAAGGGGGCCCCCUUUGUAGCCCUGCAUGGGGGCCCCUGGGGAUGGGGAGCUCUCUGGAGGCCACCUCGACGCCUUGGGCACCACAUCCAAGGGCACAGAGCCUCCACAGUGUCUUUCUUUAAGGAGCGCAGGGAGUUAUCAGGCGCCCCGCCUGCUGCUGCCUUAACUGUAGCCGGACCUGCUGCUGCUGCGCGAUGUGUGCCAACAGAGGCAGCAGCAGCAGAAGAUGCAACAGAUGUAAGCGCAGCAGCAGAUGGGCACUAUGUAGCCACCAUGACGCCUUUUGUCUUGACUCGCAGCAUUCUAAAGGCAGCCAGGAACCAACAGCGGGACUUGAAGCUGUGGGCUGCCUUUGCUCGCCGCGGCGCAGCCAUUGCUGCUUCCGUGCCAGGUGAGGACUUGUGCCGCAUUCUGUCUGCCUUUGGCUCUAUGGGCCUACGCCACCCUUCGUUUCUAUCAGCAGCAGCUGCUGCACUGGCGCCGCAGCUGCAUCUGCUCUCUCCUGCUGCAGUCUGCCGCGUGGCCCAGGCCUACGGCCAGCUGCUGUGCGUGCACCCCGCGCUACAGCAGCAGCUGCAGCGGGAAGUCGCUCGAAACGCAGCCUCUAUGACUGCCAACCAAGUAGCCUUUACCUUUGCCUCUCUGGCCCGCUUGGGGGCCCCCCCAGGGCCUCUGCUGCGGGUCUUGCGAAGGGAGCUCAUAGUUAAGAGGGAUGCGUUGUCCCCAGGGGCCCUGGUGGUGUCGCUGCAUGCUGCUGGGGUGCUGCAGCUGCACGACGGCAAGCUGCUUGCUGCUCUUUCUGCUGCACUGUGCCGGCUUGUGGGGUCUUUGGAUUCCAAGGGUCUUGCCUUGACAGCAAAUGCCCUCACGCGGCUGCAGGUCAGAAAUCAGUUCGUGCUGCAGUUGCUGGUUGCUUCGGCACGGCGGCUGCUGCUGCUGCAGCAACAGCAGCACAAGCAGCAUCAGCACCAGCGGAUGCAGCCCAGGGACCUCGCCAUGCUUGUGCAUGCAGCCGUGGCUGGAGAAGCAGCUUCUCCAUCCUUUAUAAAGGCAGCGGCAAAUGCAGCAACACGACGCAUGCAGGCUUACGACUUGCAGGCCCUUUGCCUCGUGGCUGCUUCUCUCACCAAGUACUUCCGCCAGGAGGAGCAACGGAAGCAGCAGCAAGAAGAGAGACUGACACAGGAAGAGUUAUUUAAACUGCUUGAGAAGGCAGGAGAGAGGGCAGGCCAGCUAGCCAGCCAACUCACUCCCUUGGCGGUCUGCUGCCUUGUUGAUGCUUUUGCUGCUGUGGGGUUUCGCUACGGACCCCUUCUUUUCCACGUGCCGAGACACGUGGCCUACUGCUGCGGAGAUGAGGAAGGAGCAGCAGUAACAGGUGCAGAAGAAGCAGAAAAAGGAGGAACAACACCAGAAAAAGCAGCAGAUACGGGAACAGCGCUCAUCGCAACAACAGCUGCUGCAGAAGCAGCAGCCGACACGGCAGCAGCAGGAAGCGCAGCAGAGGCGGCAGGUGGCAGUGUGAAACGGUAUUCCGUAUGCCAAUUAGCCAUCCUGCUAAGGGCCUUCAGGCGGCUCGAUAUGAAUGCAUGCGCCCUGCUGCCGUAUGCCCUGGCUGCACUUCCGCCUGUGGAGCGACAGUCCAAUGAGCAGCAGGAGCAAAAACUGCAAACGCAGCAGCAUGCUGAGCAGCAGGACACACAAAGUGCUGCCGGAAAUGUAGAGGAAGCAGACGUAGUAUCAGCAGCAGGAAUAGCAGCAACAGGACCGGCGGCCACUGAGGAACCUUCUGGCGCUUCUCGUCCGCUGCUGCAUUCUUUGGUGUGGAUACUUGAAAGCGCUGCUGCCAAUUCUUUCGUAGAUCGGCAGGGUUUGUUCCUGCUGUACGAACACCUGGCCAUGAGGGCCUCUGAGCUGCCACCGCAUGCAUUGGCUGCUGUAUGGGAUUGCGUUGCACGUCUGGGUGUAUUUACGUCUCAGCUCGUGCAAUCACUGCAGCGACAGAUGCUGAUUCCUCAAGAAGUCCGUUGCUUUUCUCAGCAGCAGCUGCAGCGCAUGCGUCAGGCCAUCCUUGGCUUGGGACUCUCCCCUGGGCAGUUCGGGUUAAUUAGAGUUCCGUGGGGGCUUGUGCCGCAGUGGCAGCAGCAGCAGCUGAUGCUGCAGUCAGAGCUGAAGCAGCAGGAGCUUCGAGAAAGCUCUCGCGUGUACGUGUACCUCACUCUGAAGCAACAGCAGAGGCUGAAGGAAGAUGGCACCGAGUUACUGGAAGAAGCAGCAGCCGACGAAGCAGAAGAGGUGGCAAUCAGGGCCAAUGACUUCAAAGGGGUUCUCCUCAGGCCGCCCACCUCUUACAGCGCGUGUGAGAGCACUUGUUGA